AUAUUCGGUAAGGGUCAUCUGGCAUCACGCUUCCAACAUGGCGGUGAAUCUCACAGACCUCUCCCUGCCUCAAUUAGAGGGACUGAAAACCCAACUAGACCAGGAGAUUGAGUUCCUGACGUCUUCAAUAGGUCAGCUCAAAGUGGUUCAGACGAAAUAUGUUGAAGCAAAAGAUAGUAUGAACGUGCUGAACAAAAACAAUAAAGGAAAAGAAUUGCUCGUGCCACUUACCAGCUCUAUGUACGUCCCUGGAACAUUAAAUGACGUGGAGAAUGUUUUAGUGGAUGUGGGAACAGGAUACUACGUUGAAAAGAGUGUGGAAGACUCAAAGGCAUUCUUCAAACGCAAAAUAGACUUCCUCACAAAGCAGAUAGAGAAAAUACAGCCAGCCCUUCAGGAAAAACACGCCAUGAAACAAGCUGUGAUUGAAGUAAUGAACGUGAAGAUCCAGCAGCUACAGCAGAGCCAGCAGGCGUCACAGAUGAUUGGGCCCACCAAGGCUUAAGGAGAACACCUGUUUGAACUCCUCAUGUUGAACUCUUCAAGCAUUUUUACGUUUGCGCGCAAAUAACUCGUGUCUGCUGUUGUAGGACAAGAAAACGCCCUCUGCUUAUCUGAUGAAGUCAUGUUAGAUACUGAAGAGUAAAGAUUUGUUUUUUUUCUGUACUAAGUGCACAAACCUUGUCACCAGUAAAUUAUAAGUCAGCUGUCGCCACAGUAACUCAAUCACGUGUACUUUGUCAAUUAUAAGUCAAAUUAAUUGGGUGUCUGAUAAGUUUGCGUGAUUAAAAAGGUCGCUGUGCAUUCAUGAA